AGUGGUAACACAGUUUGGGAAUUAAAUGGGAAUUACAUCCCACAUGCAUGGAGACCCCAGUCUAGUGGACAGGUGGAGAGAAAGGAAGAGAAAAAAAAAAAAAAAAAAAACCAACCCUAAAAAGGCAACUUAGCAAGAUUUGUCAGGAACCAAAAAUUCAAUAACACUGUAACACUGAAGCCGCUGCGUAUUAGGAUUAAACCUAGGAGCGGAAUGUUAGUAAGCCCAUACAAAAUUUUGCGUGGCAAACCAUAUAAAGCACCUGAUCCAAAUCCAAGUGUGUAUGUAAAGGGUAAUCAGAAUUUAUACAAUUACGUGUUUCGUUUGCUAACAGCAGGACAGCAGGGGGUGAACCCCAGCUUGGCCCGCUCCGCCGCUGGAGGGAACAGUGCAGCGCUGCAUGGGGACCAGCCCUGCCCGGCCAUGAUGCUGCCCGCGGCCGGUCCCAGCCCUGGGCAGACCUGCGGGGCCAUGCUGGCCGCCACCGUGUUCCUGCAGUCUGUCUGCGUGGCCGUCACCUUCCUCUACCUCACCAACGAGCUCAAACAGCUCCGGGACACGUACUCCAAGAGCAGCAUCGCUUGUCUCACUAGGGAGGAAAUGGGAAAUUUCAUCCAAAACUUGGAUCUAAUUGAAAGUGAAGACAGAGUGGCUGACCCCUGCUGGCAAGUAAAGUGGCACCUGGGAAAGGUAAUUAGGAUGUCGAAAAGCUACAAGAAAAACAUAUCUGCAGUCAAUGCUGACAGAGUGCUGACGCUGUCACAGACCGAUGGGCAGCAGCCGCGUGGUCCCACCAACAGGAUUGUGGCACAUCUGACAGGCGACAGCAAAAGGAAGAAUUCCCUGUCCCCAUGCAUAGAUUCCUCACCCAGGAGAGGGAAUGAAGAAAGAAAAAACAAACAAACAAACAAACAAAAAAAAAAAGCAAAAACAAAAAACAAAAACUGGGAAUCGUCAAGAAAAGGCCACUCUUUCCUUUACAAUGUGGAACAGAGAAAUGGCGAGUUAGUGAUACCCCAGACAGGCUUUUAUUACAUCUACUCACAAAUUUAUUUUCAUUUCCGUGAAAACGAGAAGGAGGACUCAGUUCUGACUAAUUACCCAGAGCCCAUUUUGAUCAUGAAAAGUGCAAGAACAAGCUGCUGGUCUAAAAAGGCAGAAUAUGGACUUUACUCCAUCUACCAAGGUGGCGUCUUUCAGCUGAAAAGAGAGGACAGGAUUUUCGUCUCCAUCAGUAAUCGUGACAUAGCUGACAUGGACAAAGAAGCAAGUUUUUUUGGAGCCUUUAUGAUUGCUUAA